GUCGUAAAGAUCAUAAGGGUCAAGCCCUUUCUUGUUACAUCACUGGUUGCAAUCACCUUGGUGUGCUUGGUUCAUCCAGCUUUGGGUCUCUUUAUAUUGCUCUUAUGCCAAGCUUUAUGCUGUCACAAUGCGCUGUCCAGUUUUUUGACGGCUUCCUUUCGCAGCCAUGCCCGAAAUAAGGAGUUAUUUGAUUCCAGAAAUGAAGACGACCAAAGCUCUAAGCAACUUGUAUUAAAAUAUGAUGGUGGAGUCAACAAGCAAUUUCCUGUGGACGAGAAUAGUUCCAGCAGCCCAGACUCUGCAAGAAGCUAUGAAGACACACAGUUAGAGAUCUUCCACCACUGCCAUGGCUUGCUGGUUUUACAUCUGCUUGCAGCACUGAUGUUUGUCCCCUCAUUUGUGGCUUGGCUGCAGAGAAUAGGUAUAGGUCAAAGCUUUCCAUGGUUCUGGGAUUCAGCAUUUUGUAUUGGUGUCAUCCUCCAUGGUGUUUGUGAUUCAAAGCCUGGGUUCGAUUUUUUCUUGUUUCCCUUCCCAGGCAUCCAGGGAUGGGAAGUUAGCCUAAGCUUUGCCUACUUGCUCUCUGGAUACUAUUCCUAUCUUUCGGGCUUGGCCUUGGCUCCUUACAGAGCAUUUUAUGCCAUGGCUGCCAUUGGAUUUGUUUCCUUUGCGUUCAGAAUCUUACAGAGAAGGAGCAGGGAGAAGGGUGAUGCAUAUAAUAGCGGCCGAAAGCAUUCUCACAGACACUAACUGAGCUGCUCGGAAAUGCCAUACAUAUUAAAUUUUUUAAGCACUUGGGUCCUUUGAAAUUCCCUUGUAAUGUGUAAUUUGGUGAGAGGUACCAUGGUUAUGGCUUCGGUCACCACAAUUUUGCAAUUCAGAUUUGUCGGACAUUAUACGCCUCUGUAAAUUAUGUGAACCAAAAUCGAUUUAAAACUCAUUCAAUUCCUUUCAUUCUGAUCUAUCAAAAGCUAAAUGGCUCACAAAAUCAGCCAGUUGAUUUUGGUUGAAAGAUCGAUCUCCUGUUACAUUUCUUCUCAAUUUCUGGUGGAUGGAUCAUGAAUUUAAGUGGG